AUGACGAGGUCUACAUCGGUUGAACUCCUCUCUCGUUUAUCGAGAGUAUGCUCAUUGAGAACUCGGUCUUCGGCUGUUACGAUUCUAGCAUCACAACUGGCGAGAUCUUAUUCAUCUGCAGCAGCGGCUGCUGUGAAGCUUUCAGAUGACGUUUCUUUGGAAACUCAUACUGAUAUUCAAAGAGCGGCCCGGGAGCAAGCAAAGACAAGGGCCGCUGCUAGCUUCACCUCACCAGAUGCUGCCAGUUCUGGAACUAGUGCUCUACAGCAUGCCUAUCAAGAAAACACAGGGUUUGGUACUAGACCUAUCUAUCUGGACAUGCAAGCGACGACACCAACAGAUCCUAGAGUGUUGGAUACUAUGCUAAAAUUCUAUACAGGGCUUUAUGGUAAUCCACAUUCAAAUACACACGCCUAUGGUUGGGAAACCAAUAAAGAGAUUGAAAAUGCAAGGGAUCACAUCGCUAAAGUAAUAAAUGCCAAUUCGAAGGAGAUUAUAUUCACCUCUGGUGCCACAGAGUCAAAUAAUACUGUUCUUAAAGGUGUUUCGAGAUUCUACAAGAAAACAAAGAAGCAUAUUAUAACUACGAGAACGGAACAUAAGUGUGUCCUCGAAGCAGCAAGAGCCAUGAUUAAUGAGGGCUUCGAGGUUACAUUUUUAAAUGUUGACAGUCAAGGCCUUAUCAGCAUGAAAGAAUUAGAAGAAAGUAUCAGACCUGACACGUGUCUGGUCUCAAUUAUGGCUGUGAACAAUGAGAUCGGUGUAAUGCAACCACUGAAGGAGAUUGGUGCAUUAUGUAGGGAAAAAAAAGUACAUUUCCACACUGACGCAGCACAAGCCUACGGUAAGAUUCCAAUCGAUGUAAACGAAAUGAAUAUAGAUCUACUAUCUAUAUCAUCCCACAAAAUUUAUGGACCAAAAGGAAUUGGUGCACUUUUCGUGAGAAGAAGACCAAGAGUGAGACUAGAACCAAUCAUUUCCGGUGGUGGACAAGAAAGAGGUCUUAGAUCAGGGACUUUGGCGCCAGCAUUAGUUACCGGAUUUGGUGAAGCAGCUAGAUUAAUCAAUCAAGAAUAUUCUAGUGACAUUGCUCAUGUUUCAAGACUAUCGAAGAAGCUUGUUGAUGGCUUAUUAUCUAUCGAUCAUACUUCAUUAAAUGGUUCACCAGAUCAUCGUUAUCCUGGGUGUAUCAAUGUUUCUUUUGCAUAUGUGGAGGGUGAAUCUUUAUUGAUGGCAUUGAGAGAUAUUGCUUUAUCAUCAGGAUCUGCCUGUACUUCAGCAUCUUUGGAACCAUCGUACGUGUUGCAUGCAUUAGGCAAAGAUGAUGCAAUGGCACACUCUUCUAUCAGAUUUGGCAUUGGUAGGUUUUCCACUGAGCAAGAAGUUGAUUACGUUAUCAAAGCUAUUAGUGAAAGAGUCAAGUUUUUGAGAGAGCUUUCCCCACUUUGGGAAAUGGUUCAAGAAGGUAUAGAUUUAAAUUCCAUUGAAUGGUCAGGACAUUGA